GCUUGUUAUUUCGUUUAUUGCUUUGCAACCCUGGCAAGUGGUAAGCAGUCACAUCGGAGCAUCUAUCAACAUCCAUCGAGCUGGACUCCCUCAAAUAGCCAUUACAAUGAAGGCAGCAGAUGAGCCUGCCUAUCUGACUGUGGGAACUGAUGUUAGUGCAAAGUACCGCGGUGCCUUUUGUGAGGCAAAAAUUAAGACUGUCAAACGGAUGGUCAAAGUUAAGGUGGUGCUUAAAGGAGACAGUACCUCCCAGGUUGUCCAGGAUGACCAGGUGAAAGGGCCCCUCAGGGUGGGCUCCACAGUCGAGGUGAAGAGUCCAGAGGGAGUCCUGAGCGAGGCAACCAUCAGCAAACUCACAGAUGCCAGCUGGUACACCGUGGUGUUUGAUGACGGAGAUGAGAAGACAUUGAGGAGGACGUCACUGUGCCUGAAAGGCGAGAGACAUUUUGCUGAAAGCGAGACUUUGGACCAACUGCCCCUCACCAAUCCGGAGCACUUUGGCACGCCUGUCAUCGGCAAGAAGACGAACCGAGGCCGAAGGACCUCCCAGGCUGUUGCGGACGAGGACAAAGAGUCUUCGUCGAGCGAAGAUGAGGAGGAUGACCGGCGGCGGCUGACUGACGAGCUGCUGGGGAAGGUGGCAUAUGUGCAGGGCAGCGGCUCAACCUCAUACAUGGCCCUGGUCAUAUCGCCUAGCUGCAACGAUGACCUCACAGUCAAAAAGGACCAAUGUUUAGUGAGGUCCUUCGCCGAUUCCAAGUUCCACACCGUGGCGAGGAAGGACAUCCAUCAGCUAAACAUUGACAGUAUAUCCAAAUCCGAGUACUCAUCAAAGAAAGGGUUCGAUGGCGCCAUCCACUUCCUGAAGACGAAGGUGGUGCCAGAGAGCUGGAAGAUGGACAUGAGCGAGAUCCUGGAGUCGUCCAGCAGUGAUGAAGAUGACGAGGACGGUGACAAGGAGAGCGAGGAAGAGGUGAAGAGGAGGAGGGCUGUGGCCGACCAGCCUGACGACGAGCCUGACCCAGAAGAGAGAGACCACUUCCUACAACAGCUCUACAAGUUCAUGGAGGACAGAGGGACUCCAAUAAACAAGCCUCCCGUGCUGGGCUACAAGGAUCUCAACCUUUUCAGUCUCUUCAGGCUGGUGCAUCAGCACGGUGGCUGUGACAACAUUGAAAGCGGCUCUGUGUGGAAACAGAUCUACAUGGACCUGGGAAUUCCAGUCCUCAAUUCUGCUGCCUCCUACAAUGUCAAGACUGCCUACAGAAAGUACCUGUAUGGGUUUGAGGAGUACUGCCGGUCUGCUGGCAUCACCUUCCGCACCGUCCACCACAAUGACCCGCGCCCCGUUGUGUCGGCCAGCGAGCCCCAGAAGAGCUCCGUCAAGCAGGAGCCGGUCGACACCAGGGAGCCUUCGGAGCCUCCAGCCAUCACCGACAAGCCAGCCGCCCACGAUGACGACUCUGAGAACGAGAGCGAAAAGGCCCACAAAGGAACCUCGCCGAGGGGGCGGCGGCGCUGUGCGGUGACUCCGGUGAAGGUGGAGCAGAAGGAUCCUCCACGGCUGCAGAAGGAGGAGAAGGAGACCACCCCACAGCAGCGGAGAAAAGAAGAGAAGGAAACCCCUCCCCAGCAGCGGAGAAAGGAGGAGAAGGAAACCCCUCCCCAGCAGCGGAGAAAGGAGGAGAAGGAAACCCCUCCCCAGCAGCGGAGAAAGGAGGAGAAGGAAACCCCUCCCCAGCAGCGGAGAAAGGAGGAGAAGGAGACAACCCCACAGCAGAGGAGGAAGGAGGAGAGGGAGACCACCCCACAGCAGCGGAGGAAGGAGGAGAGGGAGACCACCCCACAGCAGAGGAGGAAAGAGGAGAGGGAAACUACGCCACAGCAGAGGAGGAAAGAGGAGAGGGAAACCACCCCACAGCAGCGACGGAAGGAGGAGCGGGAGACCACCCCACAGCAGCGGAGGAAAGAGGAGAGGGACCGCGAACGGGAGAGGGAGUGGGAGCGUGAACGGGAGCGGGAGAGGGAGGCCAGUGAGGAGGAGCAUAGGGAGCAUCAGGAGGAGGAGGAGGAGGAGGAUGACGAGGAGGAUGAUGGCCGGCCAGGGCCCCCCGGCAAGAGACGCAGCCGACGCUUCGAGGAGUCAGACAGAGAGUCGGAAGAUGAGGACGCAGAGGAGGAGGAGGAGGAAGAGGAGGACGACGAUGAGGAUGACGAUGGAGACACCUCCAGAACUCGCGAGAGGGGGGAGAACGAGGAGGGCGGCGAUGAUGAUGUCACGGGCACCAAGGUGCGGGUGAAGUACGGGCGGGGCAAGACUCAGAAGAUCUAUGAGGCCAACAUCAAGAACACAGACACCGAGACAGACGACGGAGAGGUGCUGUACCUGGUGCACUACUACGGCUGGAACGUUCGCUAUGACGAGUGGGUGAAAGCGGACAGGAUAAUAUGGCCUGUUGACAAAGGAGGAACAAAACGGAAACCGAAAAAGAAAGUAAAGAAUAAAGAGGAUGGGGAAAAGGAGGAGGACAAGCAGGCAAAGAUGGGCAGUGGUACGAAGAGGGGCCGGCCCCCAAUCAAGACCACACCCCCCAGUGCCUCCCGCAGUGCCUCCAAGACGCCCAGCAACGAGAGCCGCUCCGGCAGCAAGAGCUCCCGCCAGUCCGACCCCUCGGCCCUGCCCAACGGAGAGGUGACUCCCCGCAGACGCACGAGGAGGACUUCUGGGAUGUACGACUCAGACAGAGGGUCCAAUGAUUCGGGCAACUCAUCUGAGGACAGUGAGGGCGAGGAAGGCCCGACGGAGAAGCUCGAUUGGACAGAAGGACCAGACCAGCCAGCCGUUACCAAGCAGGAAGAGGAGGAAGAAGACGAGGAGGCGGAGGAGGGACAGCCAGAGGCAGAGAGGGAGAGCCUUGCUGAGGCAUUACCCCUCGAAGCAGCAGCAGCAGCAGCAGCAGCUCCCACUGCAGGGACGACGGAUACUGAAGCCCCAACGACGACUCCAGACACCGAGCCCCCCAGCAGCCCUGCAGAGAUGCCCAAGGCUCCCGAGAUGCAGGACAAAGAAGAUGAGGAGGAGGAGAAGCCUGCAGCGGCUAAUGUCACCACCACACCACCGAUGGCAGCUGCAGUUGCACCGGCAGCAAUAACAACCUCCCCCACCACCACCCCGACCAAGACGACUCCAUCAACGCCACCCACGUCAGUAGCCGCACCAGUGCCCGUAACGCCAGAGCCGGAGGAGAAGCAGGCCACCCCCAGGUCGAAAGCGCGUCGGGGGCGACUCAAGGAGCCUGGCUCGGAGACCCCCACUCAGCCAGCGGUCGCGGCAGCCCCCACCUCCACGCCCGCCACCACCCCUCACAACGCGCCACUCCCGGAGGGCGACACUCCCGGCAGCCUGCCGCGGCCCGCCAAGAAGCCCCACCACCAGGAGGCCCCGGGGUGUCCGCCGCCCGUGCUGAGCCUGAGCAGCGAGAGCCGGCCUCACCAGCCCAGACCAGACGACUCGGACACGGACUCCGCCACCGAGGAUGUGGACACGGAAGAGCACAAGGUCAGCAGCGUUGGCGUCAGCCCCAUCGGCAGCGUGGCCAAACGCAAGGCCACUGAGCAGCGCUCGCCAGACAAGCGGGCGAGAUUGGAGCCCCCGAAGACCCUCUCGCCCGAGAAGAGGGUUCCUGAGACGGAGAGAAGGAGCGAGGGAGCGUCCAAAGGAGUAGGAGGAGGAGUGGAGCACCUCGGGUCGCCCACGUCAGCUGCAGCAGUUCUGACGCCUGCAGCAGCAGCUGCCGCGGCUGCAAAAGAAGCCGAGUCGAAAAUGGAGAUGCCUUCCCUGACUAGAGAGGUGGCGCCUACCACCACCAAGCCAGAACCGGGCGCACUGCCGAGCUCGGCGCCCUCGCUGGACGAGCCCUCGUCGGGGAGAGAGGAGGAGAUGAUGCCCCAGAUCGGGCCCGAGGAGCUGGUCUGCUACGAGGUCGACUUGGACGACCUGGACGAGAAGGAGAAGCCGGCCAACGAGCUGCCCACCAGCCGGUCAGUCGGAGACGUGAAGAGCCAGCAGCACCCGCCGCCACCACCACCACUACCACCUUCGUCAUCCUCUUUAUCCAUCGCCACCUCCUCCGCAGUCGCCGCCGCCCUGUCGUCGACGUUAUCGGUGUCCUUGUCCACCCAUUUACCGCUCAACGCCAUGGCGGCAGCGGCAGCUGCAGCACAGCGGGCGCCCACCAUCUCGUCCUCGGCGUCUCCGCCCACCUCGGCGUCGGCCUCUGCCGCCAGCCCCGAGUCGCACAGCGCCAAGAGCGAGAGCGACGUGACCAUCGAGGUGGACGGCGAGUCGCAGGAGGGCCUUGGCGGGGCCGAGUCCAUGCGCGGCUUCGACGCCAGCGCCAGCUCCAGCAAUUCCAGCCUCUCACUGCAGGAGCGCGACACCAAGGACAGAGGUCAGAAGAGGUUGACUGAUGGCAACAGCAGCUCGGCGUCCAAGAAGGUGAAGCGCAACCAGAAGCGCUCCAGCACCACGGGCAAGACUGAAAAGAAUGGAACAGGUCACAGCAGCGACAGUGAGGACCUGCCCGUCACUGACCCCUCCAAUAAGCUGACCCCCAUCAAGCACUCCAGCAUAGCCAAGGCCCAGAAGCAGUCGCGCUCCCCGGGCACCGUGUCCCCCAACAGCAAGGAGCUGGACAAGGACAAGCACAAGGACAAACAAGGCUUCCCCUCGCCACGCACAUACAAAUGGACCUUCCAGCACAAUGAGCUGGAUAACAUGUCGAGCCAGGAGCGGAUCUCCUUCCUUCAGGACAAGCUGCAGGAGAUCAGGAAGUACUACAUGUCCCUCAAGUCAGAGGUAGCCUCCAUCGACCGACGACGAAAGCGGUUAAAAAAGAAAGAAAGAGAAGUGUCCCAUACCACAGCUUCCACUUCCUCUUCCUCUGACACGGGCAUGAGCCCCUCGUCGGCCUCGCCCACACAGAACACAGUUGCCGUGGAGUGCAGGUGAUGACACGCCCGUGAUGGACCCACCCACCACCCAGCCUGACCUUGACCCCUUGUCCCUUGUCCCUCCUCCUCCAAGACCUCUGCCUUGUCAGCAAUGCGCUGCCUCCCCUGCAGUCACACCAAACGCCGGGCCAGAGCCAGCAGCCAGCCCGCCAAUAGCACUCGACUGCCCCGCCUUGUCUCCCCCCCCCCCCCCCCCCCUGUCCAUCACCACCUGGCCACUCCCACUUCCUGCACUUUGUAAAAAGAAAGAAAGAAAGAACUGAUCCUGCCUCUCUCUUUGUAUCUCUCUAUCUAUCUAGCUCUAUUCUGUUUAUUCUUCCUUUGAUCUCUCGAAAACCAGUUGCAGCAUCAGGAGAAAGGAUUUCAGGCGAGACAGAAUGUAACAGGGCAACAUGCACCGCUACACACCAACAAAGCACACGCCCAACUCUCCAUUGCACACAUGGAGGAAACCCUUAGCUAUACAUGGCCACACACACACACUUGCAGACCCAUCUGGAAUGUUCUCCACACCCACUCACCCUACCACCAUGCAGUAACGUUGCGGCCUCCAUGCAAUACAAGAGACAAGCCACAUGUCAAGCAUUCACUGAAUACAAGGCACUUUUUUUAGUCCAUCUCCUACUCUUCCUUUCUCCACCAUGAAAACCCUGAUACAGAGCUCCUUGUGUUGGCUGGUAUGGAUGCAGUACAUGAGGGAAAAAAAUACUCUAAAAUUCUCCAUAUUGUUCGUUGAGCAGGAUAAGGUUGGCUCACGGCAUCAAGACGCUCCCUAUACUGGUAACUUGACCAGCUGGACAUGGUAUUCAAGGAAAGAUGACAAUUCAAACUAAAUCAUUUAAAAAGGUCAAUUUUCUUCGCUUGCUCCAUCAGAACUGCCAAAGUACAUGUGUUACAGCAGAGUGCCCUAUUUUGGAAAAAAAAUUAACAAGGACAAUUUCAGUUGCAAAGGGGAAUGUAGUGUGCUGAAAACUGUAGCUGCUGUCUUCCACUCUUUGUAAAACAAGUGUGCGAGCACAGAUUAUAAAAGUAUGCAAAACUUAUUUUUGUCAUCCCUUUUUAAUAGAAAAAUGAUUCUACAAAAACAAAAAAGCAGAAAAGGAAGUACAUGUUUACAGUGGAACACAGGACAAGAGAUGUUUUCAGUGGACUAAUUUCCUUUUGCGAGUUUCUUGUCAUUUUAUAUGUAAUUGCAGAGUUUUUAUUUUAGUACAGGAAAAUUAAAAAAAGAAAAAUUAAAAAAAGUAUAUAUGGCAGCCGUGAAGUUAUUUAAAUUAAAUAUUUCUAGUGCUGGCAUUUUUGUGUAAAAUAAAAGGUAUUUGCAACUUGUUAAAUAUAUUUAUUCAGUUCAUAAAAGCGCAGCCUCUUCUUUUUUAUUUUUGUUUUUUAAUUUUCUCCUUAUGAAAAAUAUUGAAACAUUGGCACGUCCCUGUCCCUUCAUCAGUUGGGUCCUUACUGCUUUGAUGCUAGGACGAAUGUUACGUACUCUACUGAAAGCAAGCUUUGACUGUGAUGUCACAAACUGGGUAACUACUGUGCAGUUAAGUAUUGCUAAGAACCCCCAACACACACCCACUAAAGCACGCAGACACUCUCCCGUCUUUGUUGCCACUGAGCCCAACCCUUUCCCUUCAUGUUUCUUUGAGCUAACUUAUGGGAAUGUCACUCUUGCUAGUGUCAAUCCUACAUUUUUUUUUUUAAAUAUAUGGUCUCCCUUCCCCUUCCGAUUUUGUUAUUUCCUGGUACUUUGUAUUUGUAAUUAUUUAAGUUUUUUUCUCCUUUCCUCUCUAGUAUGAAUUCUGACCAACUCAAUAAAACUGUUGCUUAUUGAACAUGUACGUAUUAGCCCAGGGGUUCUUACUAUGAUUGUUUCUUUGUACAUAGAUCUUCCAAAACCAUGUAUUUGAAAAAUACAUUUUACACAAACUGUAAAAAUGAUUUAUAUUUUAAAAACAAUACAUCUUUGUAUAUGAAUUUUUUUCUCCCGUUUUUCUAUGUCAAGUUGGUAGAAGUAUUAGCAUCACACAUCUUUAAACUGUAUAUAUUCUCAAUCAUUGGUCUUCAGUGAGAGCUUUUGAGCCAAGACUGCCUAGAUUGGUGGUGAUAUUGAGUGCACGUGAACAUGAUCGUGUUCAGUGCAGCUCAUCAAAAUUGUGGAAGAACUCUUCUGCUGACAAUUUAUCUUUGGAUUCCUGUAUGAAGGAUAAACAAGGUAUUAGGUUCUUUUGAGCAAAGCCAUUGUAUCUUUAUGUAAAAUAAGCAGAGCUCUCUUCAUUUCUAAUAAAGUUUUGAAAUAUAA